AUGGUUGCCGGUGAAGAAGCUGAUAUAUUUCUGUCAGACAGAAAUUUGAGUGUUUCCGGCAAUUUUAUGCUCACUGAUAUUCAUGACAACAUUUUGUUAACUCCGGCGGAAACCCACAAUGGGACUUUCGUUGGGGUUAAAUCUAAUCAGAUUGGAAGCCGCCUGGUUUUUCCGAUUGGAAAACUCGAGGGAUUAAGAUUUAUGUGUCUUUAUCGUUUCAAGUUGUGGUGGAUGACACAAUGGAUGGGAAUGUGUGGCCAAGAUAUACCUAAUGAGACACAGUUUUUGAUGUUGGAAGUACCAAACACUAAUCAUUUUGGAGAAGAAACUGAAGGCGGGGAAAACCAAUCUCAAUCAGUGUUUUACGCUGUUUUCUUGCCCAUUCUUGAGGGCGAUUUCAGGGCUGUUCUGCAGGGGAAUGCCAACAAUGAAUUGGAGAUUUGCUUGGAAAGUGGGGAUCCUGCGGUGCAAGAAUUUGAAGGGAAACAUCUGGUUUAUGUGGCUGCUGGGUCCGAUCCGUAUGAUGUCAUUGCAAAUGCAGUCAAGUCUUUGGAAACACAUAUGGGCACAUUCUGCCACCGUGACAAAAAGGAGAUGCCCGACUUGUUGAAUUGGUUUGGAUGGUGCACUUGGGAUGCUUUUUAUACUGAUGUCACUGCCGAGGGGGUGAAACAAGGAUUAGAAAGUUUGGAGAAAGGUGGAGCUUCACCAAAGUUUGUAAUUAUAGAUGAUGGAUGGCAAUCAGUCUGUAUGGAUACCACCAGUGUCGAAGCCAAAUUUGACGACACUGCCAACUUUUCAAAUCGGUUAAUUCAUAUUAAAGAAAACCACAAAUUUCAGAAAGAUGGUGGAGAGGGUUCUGAGGUGGAUGAUCAGUCAAUAGGAUUUCACCAAAUUGUUACUGAGAUCAAAGACCAAUUUUCUUUGAAGUAUGUUUAUGUGUGGCAUGCAAUAGUAGGGUACUGGGGAGGUGUUAUGCCCGGUGUAGCUGAAAUGGAACAGUACGAACCCACGAGGGUAAACCCCAUUCCAUCCCCUGGGGUUGAGUCCAAUGGCAUUUGUUUCGUUUUAAGAAGCAUUACGAAAAACCGGGUUUGCCUUGUGAACCCAGAGAAAGUUUACUCCUUCUACAAUGACCUGCACUCUUACCUAGCUUCUGUCGGCGUAGAUGGGGUUAAAGUAGAUAAUCAAAGCAUACUAGAAACUCUAGGAGCUGGCAAUGGUGGAAGAGUGAAACUUGCAAGGAAAUACCAUGAAGCAUUAGAGACGUCCGUCUCUAAGAACUUCCCGAAUAAUGAAAUUAUUUCUUGUAUGAGUCACAGCACGGAUGCCUUGUACAGUGCAAAGCAAGCCGCUGUUAUUAGGGCGUCUGAUGAUUUCUUUCCAAGAGAUCCAGCAUCACACACAAUACAUAUCGCAUCAGUUGCUUACAACACCUUUUUCAUUGGCGAGUUUAUGCAGCCUGACUGGGACAUGUUUCAUAGCUUGCACCCCAUGGCUGAGUACCAUGGAGCAGCUCGUGCUGUUGGAGGUUGUUCAAUCUACGUCAGUGACAAACCCGGGCACCACGAUUUCUUCGUCUUGAAGAAACUUGUACUCCCCGAUGGUUCCACACUGAGGGCCAAACUUCCCGGGAGACCAACUAGAGAUUGCUUGUUUUCCGAUCCUACUAGAGAUGGAAAAAGUCUUCUGAAAAUUUGGAAUAUGAAUGACUUCACCGGAAUUCUUGGGGUAUUUAAUUGCCAAGGAGCUGCAUGGUGUCGAGUUAGUACGAAGAAUCUCGUCCACAACGAACAGCCAGGCGCAGUGUCCUGCACCAUCCAAGCUAAGGAUGUUCAUUAUCUGACCAACAUUGCUGAGCAUGGAUGGACCGGAGAUACUAUUGUGUAUUCGCAUAGAGGUGGGAACGUGCUUUAUCUUCCAAAGAACAAAUCCCUACCGAUUCAACUUCAAGCUCGAGAAUAUGAAGUCUUCACAGUUGUUCCAAUCAAACGGUUAUCUAAUGGGGCUGCUUUUGCUCCAAUAGGUCUCCUCAAGAUGUUCAAUUCUGGUGGAGCAAUUACAGAACUAAACUAUGGAUCCCCGGAAACUGGAAUUAUUAACAUUAAGGUUCGUGGUUGUGGCGUCUUUGGGGCCUAUUCAUCAGUCAGACCUGAAAGAAUAUUAAUUGAUAUGAAAGAAGAGAAGUUUGAUUAUGAAGAAAAGUCUGGUUUGAUCAACCUGAAUUUAAAGGUUCCAGAGAAAGAAUUGUAUCAAUGGAACUUGACAAUUGAGCUUUGA